AAUAUACAAAAAUUAUAAACAUAUAACUUCUAUCAAUAUAUUAAGUUCCACAACAUCAUUGCUCAUUAAUAUUUCCAAUUAUUAGAUACCAUUAGAUUCCCAUCUCAUUCAUUUUUUUCAUCUUAUUUUCUGCUUACCCCAUAUUGAAGCGCAAAAAUCUUAAAGUAAGUUAAGGUAAGCCUAGCCAACCUAAUAUUCACAUCACUCCACAUCACAUUUUGCACACAAUAAACACAAAUUUUCAACACAUUUUGCCUGAAUUACAUUUUAAGUAUCAUCCCAAUAUGAUGAGUUUAAAUAGUACUAAUAAUAAUUCAAUUAGUAUACCCCCUCAUUUAUUAUCUAAUACUCAUACAAGUACUACUAGUAAUAAUAAUAAUAAUACUACUACUAACAAUAAUAAUAACAACAGUAACACCAAUUCUCAAAUUUUCACUCCUACAGAUCAACAUUUACUUUAUUCGAAUAUUCAAGCCAACUACAAUAUGAAUAAUGCUAAUAAUUCCAAUAAUCCUCGUGGAAAUCAUUACAGACAAUCGUCAGUAACUUCCGCAGGAACUGGUUCUCCUGGUAAAAAUAUAGUUUCUUCAACACCUCCUUUAUUCACAACUUCUCCUUCUCGCCGAAAUAGCAAUAGCAUAUGGAAUUCAAAUACCAAUGGUCCCACUAAUAACGUAAAUUUACCUUCUACUCCAGGAAGUAAUUUGCCCAAUGCACAGAGAAGGUCUUCUAUUGAUAUUUGGGCGCAAAAUCCAAAUCCAAAUUCAAUUUCCAAUGCAAAUACUAAUGGAACUUCGUCAACUACUUCAAAUAUUUGGUCUCAACCAAGUCCACCAUUUUUAAAUUCUCCUUCUGAAAAUUCAGGUAAUAAUUAUUAUUCUGGUAAUAAUAAUGCUCCAUUAUCUAAUAGAAAUUCAUUUGCUAGUUCAUCUCAAGUACAACAAAUUCCUCCUGGUCUUGGAAAUACUUCCUCUCAAUUUUCAAUGAGCGGUCUUCCUUCAGUACCUUCUCAAGAUGAAUACCAAGGUUAUUCUCCUACAAAUAUUUUAGAAUUCAACCCUUUAGAUUCAAGAAGACAUUCUUAUAGUGAUAUAUACACUUAUACAAACAAUAAUAGCAAUAAUCCUUCACAUAAUCCAAUUAAUCAAUCAGUUUUGGGUCCUGCUGCUCCUUUACCUACAAGUUCAUCAGCUUUGGAUUCAACUUUCCAACUUGUUAAUGAAUAUUUUGAAACCGAUCCCCAUGAAAGAGUUAAGGUUACGCUUAAAUUAUUAGAAGAAAGAUUUUUUGAUGAAGAAAAAUAUCUUGGUGAAGCUUAUCAAUUACCAAAAUUUCUCACAGAGAAUGCACUCCGUGAUUGUCAAUUGGUAUUGGUUGGAUUUAAAGCUGGAAGGAUUGAUGUGUUUUAUUUACCAUCCAAUGCCUCUCCAGACUUGAUGAAUUUAAAAGUUGGUGACUUGGUAAUUGUAGAGGCCGAUAGAGGUAAAGAUUUAGGGAAAGUAUUCAAGAUGAAUAUCUCUAUUGAUGAAGCAAGAUUAAUGAAGUUACUUCAAUUUCAAGAGCAGCAGGCUGCUUUAAACGAAGCUGAGUUUUUAGAUGAAAACUUAUCUGUCAAGCAAAUGAGUGAACAUCAACAAUCACCCAACAGUCCAUCCGUUGCUCCUCCUACACUUCAUUUCCCCAAACCAAUCUUAUCUUUGGCUCAAACAAAUGAAAUUUUCCAAAUUUUAAAUAAAAAGCAAGAUGAAGAAAAAGCAUGUCGUUUAUGUUUGGCCAAAAUUGCAGCCGCAACAAGUCAAUUGGGUGGCCAAUCAAUUACUUCUUUAAAUUCUUCUGGAUCUACAAUCAUUAAUGGGGUAACUAUACCUGCCAAUUCGCCAAUUACUUCACCUAUUACCACGUUGAGUUCAGCUACUCAAGCGGAUUUAUUACAGAUGAAGUUGAUCGAUGCAGAAUACCAAUUUGACCGUAAGAAGUUGAUAUUUUACUAUUCAACAUCAAAAAGAAUAGAUUUUAGAGAGUUGGUCAGAGAAUUAUUCAGAAUUUAUAAAACACGUAUUUGGAUGUGUGCAGUAGUUGGCUUACCUUAUACUGUGUCAGGUUCGAUUCCCUCAUCAUCAUCAUCAUUGUCCGACGCUUCUAUGAUAAGUUCUGGUUCAGCUAAUACUGCACCUACAGGAAGAAUGUCCUCGGCAUCUAGGGCAUCAUUGCCAAACACUAGCCCCACUAGUAACUUUAGAUUGAAAGAUCCAUUUGGAAAUACCACUAUGGUACAACAGCAGAACCCCAAUCAGCAUGGAUUCUUUGAUAGAAGAUUCUCUUUACAAUCUGUUCCUCAGUAUAAUCAAUUUUCUGCCAUGAAUAAUGAUUUGAUACAAAUUCCGAGAAGAUUUUUGGCUGAGCAUCAACAGCAAGCUCAAGCAGAUUCUCAAGUACAUGCUCACCAUCAUAGACAGUCACUGUACGGUGAGCAUUAUGGAUAUGGACGUAGUGCCAGCUUAAGUCAAGUACCAAGCCAACAACUGCAACACCAAAGUACAGUAUGGAUGAAUAACCUGAAUGAUCCAGCAAUCAAUCAAUUUAAUGUUUUAGCUGGUAAUGGCCAAUUUCAGCCACAAGUAUUAUCUGACUUUCAGCACCAACAGCAAUAUAACCAACAAAGAGUACAACCAAAUACAUAUAUGCAAGCCUUACCUGAGAGCCUUUCUAAGCAACCACUAGAAAGUAACGGUACUGGUACUAGAUCAGACUCCAUCCAUCAUUCUCCAUUUAAAAAGGAGGCAGAGGAUGGAUCAACGUCAUCAAUCUCAAGUACAUCUGGAGAAUCUUCCUUCAUGUUGAAGAGUUUGGUCGAUUCUAUUAAUCAUUAGUCUUUGACUCACCUAUAUUUUUGUAUUGUUUACUUUUGCUUGAUUUUUUUUUUUAAAUUUUUCUUUUAUUAUUAGACGGACGAAACAAAAAGGAGGACGAAGUUUUGGUGGUUUUCAUAUUAUUGUUUUAUAAUCAAUAAUUUUAUUUUAUUAGAUUUCGUUUAAAUUCUCGAAUGGAUACUUUAUUUAUAGUGAUACAGGUUCAAUUUCAAUUUCAAUUUCAGUUAUAAUUUCAGAAUUAGAUGCUUAGAAUUUUCAAUACACAGCUACAUUUAUACUUAUUAUAAUUUUUAGGGUUCUGGAGUAGUUAAAAAGGUAAAGAGAAGGAUGCUUUUUAUAUACUUAUAUACUUAAACUUAAAUAUACAAAUGUUUUAAAUGAAA